GUAAUGAACACUGGACUGAUAUGCAUUCUUGAUGUUGAUCUUGCCGGUGUAAAAUCUAUAUAUGCAGUUCGAUCGAAGCUGAAUCCUCGCUUUAUAUUUAUUCGGCCACCUUCUAUGACGAUAUUGGAGAAACGAUUACGCGAUAGAGGGACAGAAACUGAAGAGAAAUUGCAGGCUCGCAUUUCGCGAGCGAAUGCCGACAUAGUGUUCGCCGAUAGCAUGGAUGGCAAGGUGUGUGACAUCUACAUGUAA